AGGGCGCCGCCACGUGAUCACUCUACCAUACGGCCAGAUCGCUGGCUCGAUGUGCUUGGGGCCCAACCUUACCCAUCCUGGAAGAUUAGCUUUCAGAACGUUGUUUCCAGAAUGCUGGCGUUUUGGAAGUGUGCCCUCAUCGCCACAUUUCGAGCGCAUUAAAUACGGCAUGCACCGUACCCUCUUGAGGCUGAAGGCUUCACCUAUCUCAUUCCUUCUUGGACACCCCCACUCUCCUUUUAUCCGGUGCUCGUGCUCUCCGUCCGAUUCCAACCCUCGCCAGCCGUUCUACCAAAUAUGCGUAGUUGUCCAUCCUACCUCGCACAAUUGCCCAACAUGCAUCUUGUGUGUGACCGUUCGCCGCCGCCACUCUCCCGCGACGCGACUUCCUUGCAGCACGGCUGCGAUCCUAGCCACAUGCUGCGUGGUGCAGUACCCAAGGAUCGCUCAGACGGUGAAGAUGCAGUGUGCCAGGACCGGACCAUCCCCCCGUCGACAUUUAGCCCUUCUACUAUCUUAUCCGAGUAUCACCAGCAUUUUCCGAUCCGUUUGACACGGACUUCAGCCCUCGCGCCCGGCUUUGGAACAUAUGGGACUCGUGAUCAUGCUCUGCUCGCGUUAUAUGUCGCUGACAAUGCUAAAUACGCUGAGGCAACCAUGCAGCCUCCUUAUGCGCGUUCCGUCCCACCCAACCAGGCUCAUACCCUCAACCAGAUGGAUCCGGUUUGGAAUGCUCAAAGCGCAGGACUUGGCAAUCCUGCAGCUUCAUACUCGACCCAUCAUCCCGUUGAUGAAAACGAGGGGUCUUUGAUGUAUACUCCGGGCACAUUAUAUGUCUCUGACGAUACUAAAUACGCUGAGGCGACCACGCCUCCUGAUGCACGUACACUCCCACACAACCAAGCUCACACCCUUAAUCAGAUGAAUCCGGUUUGGAAUGUUCAAUAUGCAGAACAUGGCAAUCCCGUUACUUCAUACUCGACCCCUCUCGGUGAUGAGAGCGAGGGGUCUUUGAUGUUAAGAUUCCGCCCUUUAAAUCACCGCCACACGACACCCAUUCCCUCGCUACUGCUGAUGCCGUCCAGUUCAUUGGCACGCCUAGGUGGACUGCGGAAUAUGGUCAUGCAAACUCUAUUAACCUCGGAAUUGUCGGAGGACCUCGUGGCUGCUGGAACACGCGAACCCUUUUCGACUCGAGCGUAUGUCCGCCGUCAAACAUGGUUCCGCCACCUUCUCUGGAACCGUGUGGACACGUGCUUGCUGGGGGCAUUCCAAUAUCCACAUGUCCCCCAAUCGCAUCAAACGUCGCUGAUGGCACCAUGGUGAACGCGGGGACAAUACCCAUCUCACUUGAUCGUCCCAUGCUCCGGCCUGGCGGAGGGGAUAAUCGUGAAAGGAUGGAUGG